AUGGCAACAACUCAAACAGCCCUAGCUCUAACCACAAUCGCUGCUCCCCUCACGAAGAUCGAACUCCCGAUCCCGACGCCGAAGGGUAAUGAGGUUUUGCUGAGGGUUACGGCUGCUGCUAUUGCACCGUUUGACCAGAAACUGCGUGACUAUGGACUUUUCAACAUCGGCUCCCGUCUCCCUGCUGUGCUGGCUCUAGAUCUCGUUGGUGUUGUAGAGGGGUAUUCUUCUACUAUCUCCAAUGAACUAAAGACCAAGUUCCCCACGGGAACACACAUCUUCGUCCAAGCCAACCUCUUCAACCCCCUCGGCGGCGGCCUCCAGCAAUACACCACCGUGGACCCAACCUUCGCGGCCGCGGUCCCCAAAUCCGUCUCCGACGUAGCAGCCGCAUCCUUCCCCAUCAACGCGUUUACCUCGUUCGCGUCGCUCUUUUCUGACGAAGGAGGCGAGCAUCGCGGCCUGGGUAUCCCGUUCCCUGGGACGCCGGGCGCGGAGGAAUUUGAUUAUAAGGGGACGACGGUUAUGAUCCUGGGCGGUGGAACUAGGUGCGGGAAAUUGGCGAUUCAGUUUGCGAAGAUUGCGGGGAUUGGGAGGGUGUUGACGACGGCUGGUAAAGGGAGUAAGGGGGAGUUGGAGAGGUUGGGGGCGAGUGUUGUUUUUGAUCGGGGCUUAGAAGAAGGGAAGUUGGUGGAGGAGGUUAGGAAGGUUACCGGCGGGGAGUUGGCGUAUGUUUAUGAUACGAUGUCGACGGGGAAGGAUCAGGAGUUGGGUGUUAAGUUGUUGGGGGGCAAGAAGAAGGGGUUCUUUGUUACCCUGCUUGAGGGUGAGGUUGAUGAGGGGGUGCUAAAGGAGAAAGAUGUAGAGAAGUGGCAGAUGACGGGUGUUAGUGGCAUGCAUCCAUCGGCGGCGGCGGUGAUGUGGGGGAAUAUUGGGGAGUGGGUUGGGAGUGGGUUGGAGGGAGGUGGGUUUAAGGUUGUGGAGGGAUUGGAUUUGGAGAAGGCGAAUGCGACGAUGGAUGCGUAUAGGGAUGGGGGCUUUGAGAGGAUUGAGAUUCAUCAAGACUUCAAGAUGGCCACUCAGAUCCAUAUCGUGACAGUUGGGAAAGAUAAGCAGAAGGAAAAAGAUGUCUUGACGCGACUGACGAAGGAUGUGGAGAAGCAGUAUACUCUGGUCCAUGUUGCGCAUUGCGAGAGCCUCAACGUCGUGAAGCACGUCCUCACAUCUCUCAUUGUUCCACCCAAGCUAUUGAUCUGCUCACCAAAUAUCUUUGAUGAAGAACAAGAAGAGAUUCGAGAAAUCGCGAACAGGGUCUUGCCGGACAUGAAACUAGUCAUGGUUCCUAAUGAUUUGGAUUUGAAGGAUAAAGAGAAGAGUCAAGGGUUGUUGGAGUAUUUGAAGGAGCAGGUUGAAAGUCGGUUUUGA